UAUGAAGAAUAACACCAGCAUUUCCUCGACCCUUUUCAUGAUUUUCAUCAUCAACACCACCUUUUUCUUACUCUCACUGUCAAGUCACUAUGCUACCGCCACUUCUUGUGAUUCUUCGGUUUCCCACUCUCGGCUGCGUCCAAGUACUAGCAGCAAUAAUUAUAGACCCGAAACCACCGUACAUUCAUCAUCAGAUGUUCCCAAAAAUGACAUCGACUUGUUAGAAUUCCCAUUGAAUUUAGAAUAUCUUGAAGCAGAGUUUUUCUUGUGGGGUGCUUUAGGCUAUGGCCUUGAUAAGAUUGCUCCUCAGCUAGCCCUUGGAGGUCAACCCCCUAAGGGUGUGAAGAAAGCCAGACUUGACCCUUUUACUCGGGAUAUCAUUACGCAAUUCGCCUUCCAGGAAGUUGGACAUCUAAGGGCCAUAAAGGAAGUCGUAGGAGGAGGAUUCCCAAGACCAUUGCUUGAUCUGAGUGCCAAAAGUUUUGCAAAGGUGAUGGAUAGUGCCUUCGGUUUCGCAUUGGUACCACCAUUUGAUCCUUAUGCUAAUGAACUCAACUACCUUCUAGCAACUUACCUGGUUCCAUAUGUUGGACUAACCGGUUAUGUUGGAUCCAGUCAUCUCUUCAAGGGUGACCGCUCUAAGAAGCUUGCUGCGGGGCUUUUGGCCGUAGAAUCAGCACAAGAUGCAGUAGUUAGAGCAUACUUGUACGAGAGGGCAGUGCAGAGGGUGCGCCCAUAUGGCAUCACGGUUGCAGAGUUUACGGCCAAGAUUUCACAGCUAAGGGACAAGCUUGGUGGUGAUGGGCUCAAGGAUGAAGGGAUUGUUGUACCACCUGCAAUGGGUGCGGAGGGGAAAAUAGCUGGGAAUGUGAUUGCCGGAAAUGAUUACUCGGUGGCAUACCGCAGGACCCCACAGGAAAUACUGAGGAUAGUUUAUGGCGGCAAUGGGGAUGAGCAUGUACCUGGUGGGUUCUUCCCAAAUGGUGCUAAUGGCACCAUUGCUACGUCUUACUUAGGAUCAUAAAAGUAGAUUCAUAAGUGCAGAAAAAUUAUCGGCAAGGGGACUGAAGCUAGACACACUUGGGGUGAUAAAGCUGCAAAUUCAGCUAGGUUAUUUUUAGAUCAGAGACUAGAUUUCCAUGUUGCACAUGGGGCAGCAUGUGAUGCGCAGCGCAAACAUUAUUUUUUUCCAUUCAGCAUAAUUAGUUGAUUAAUCAAGAAUAAUAACACUUUUAACCAGUUCUAAGCAAUUAUCAGUUGCUGUUUUAA